AAAGGUUAGGAAUAUAUUAUAGGUUAGUCUAAUGUAGAAAUGGCUUUGAUUAAAUCAAUAUGUGUUUUAACAAUAUAUUUUACUUCGCUAUUAACAAUAUCCGGCGCCCUUUAUGAAGAUCAAGUUGGAAAGUUCGAUUGGAAGAAGUCCUUUGUGGGAAAACCAAAAUUUGCUGAGUUUGAUGGAAGGAGAAUAAUUGUUGGGACUGAUGAAAAUGUCGUAGCUGCUUUAAGUCCAAAGAGCGGAAAUAUCUUGUGGCGUCAAGUUUUAGAAGACCCUAAGAAACACAGUAUUAAAUACUUAAAAGUUGCAAGUGAGAUUUAUUCAGUUAGUGGUGAUGACACUACCUGGAUUUUAAGAGUUUGGGAUUCAGCAAGUGGCAGUCUAAUAAAUGAGUGGAUAUCAACCUAUGAUAAACGUAUUCCAUAUGAAUUUGAAGUAAAUGGUGAGAGUUUAUAUUUUGUUGGCCAUGAUGAUUCUACAUUAAUAGUGAAAAUUUAUGAUAUACAAAGAGGAAUUGUUAAGCAGAACUUUGUAAUACCUUUCACCUCACAAAAGGAAAGUACUCAUUGUGUACUAAGUAAAUUAUAUUAUUCUUGUGCUGUUGGAAAAGAAGUACAUUAUCUCCAAAUUAAUGAAAAUUCUAAAAAAGAAGUUGCAACCUUUGAUAAAUCUAUUGACAACAUUAAAAUAAAACCUUAUUCUGAUAAGGAUCCAGCAAUUCUGGUAAUAACCAGCCCUGUAAAUGCACAAAUCUUAUAUUAUAAAGAUGGACAGCAUGUUCUACAUCCUUUAGAUGUAAUGCCAAAUGCUAUAGGACUAUCUCAUUCAGGAAAAUCAGUUGCAUUUCAUUUGGAAGGUACAAAGAAUCCCACCCACAUCCUAAUAAAAUCUACCAUCAUAGAGGAUUCAGAUGAAUUGUCUGAAGAAUUUGAGUAUCCUCAAGGAUUGGGAAAACCUGAUAUUGCUGCAGGACAGUGUUCAGAUAGUUCUUGUAACUUACUUCUUUCAAGUGCUGAUGAUGCCCUUUUGCUUGUGAAAUUCCCUGAAGGCAAAGUUUUAUGGACCAGAGAAGAAGCUUUGAGCCAGAUUGUGGCUUCUGAAUUUCUUGAAUUACCUGUUUCUGAGCUAGAUGCAUCCAUUGAAGAUGAAUUCACUGAAAACAAUGUUAUUGGUAUGUUCUUCCACAGAAUUUCAACACAGGCAAAACAAUUAGCCAGUCUGUUUGGGAAUCAACUGUUAUCAAAAACUGGACUGGUCAGGGAUGACUUUGGACUUCAUAAAAUCAUUGUUGUUGCCACAAAGUCAGGAAAAUUGUUUGGCAUUGAUACAUUAACUGGUUCCCUGGCCUGGACCUAUAGGCUACCAAACAUAAGACCAUUCAAGGUUUUGGGAAAUGAUAAAAUGUUUUUACAUGUCCAACGUUCAACAAGAUAUUCACCUUUUCCUGCUCAAUGCAUUUUAUUAGCAGAAGAUGCAAAUACUGGUUAUGGAGUUUUUAUUCAGUUUGAUCCUAUAACAGGUUUCUCAGAAAACUCAAUUGUUAAGCUAAACUACAGAAUUAGGCAAGCAACUUUGUUACCAACCGAAGAUAAAGACCACAUUAAGCCAUUAAUUGUGUUAUCAGAAGACAAUGAAGUUUUCAUAUAUCCUGAAAGUGCAAAUGCAAUGAUUUCAACUAAAGGAUCAAACACAUAUCUUUAUACAGUUGAUUCAAGAACAAAAGAAUUAAAAGGAUUUUAUUUGCAUAGGGAACAAAAUUCUUUAGAAGCAAUACCCAGCUGGACUGUUAAUCUUGGAGAUGCCCACCUAGUUGCUUUAAGUGCAAAGUCGCCUAUUGAAAGAGUACAUUCCCAAGGAAGAGUUCUACCUGACCGUUCAGUACAUUACAAAUAUGUCAAUCCCAAUUUACUGGCCCUUGCCACAUUAUCUGAUGAUCCAGUUCAUAAAAGUGUAUUGAGUAUUUACUUAAUUGAUGCUGUCAAUGGAUUUGUAGUUUACUCAACAUCACAUAAAAGAGCAAAAGGACCCAUUCACCUGGUACAUUCUGAAAAUUGGUUGGUGUAUUCAUUCUUCAGUGAGAGAUAUAGGAGAACUGAAGUGGUUGCUGCUGAGUUAUAUGAGGGACCUACUCAAAGCAAUAGUACUGUAUUCAGUUCAUUGGCAGUAAGUCAGUUAACUCAAGUUUUGACCCAAUCAUACAUCUUGCCAUCAUUCCCCUUAACCAUGGCAGUAAGUCUUACUGAAAGAGGUAUAACUAAUAAGUAUUUGUUCUUUGCCUUAAAUAGUGGAGUUGUGGAAAUUCCUUGGUUAUUAUUGCAACCCAGAUUUGCUGAUGCGGCUUGUGGCCCAGAGGAAAGUUGCAUACCCUAUAUGCCUGAAAUUCCAUUGCCCCAUGAAGCUUAUAUAAACUAUAACCAAACCUUGGGAAGAAUUAGUGGUAUAGCUGUAGCUCCAGCCAAACUUGAGAGUACUAGUCAUGUUUUAGUGUAUGGUUUAGAUUUAUUCUACACAAGAGUAGCACCAUCAAAGACUUUUGAUUUAUUAAAGGAAGACUUUGAUCACAUCCUAAUUAUUCUAGUUUUAGUGGGUCUUAUUGUAGCAUCAUUUAUUAGCAAAUAUUUUGCUGCACAAAAGGUAUUAAAACAAGCAUGGAAAUAGUGUAAUUUAAUAAUAUUAGAUAAAUUGUGUUUGUAAAUUAGACCAUGUUUCUGCCAAAGGGCUUGUAAAAUUGCACUUAUUUAUUAAAUAGGGUAAUUAGAAUAAUUUGAUACAAUAUAUUUCAUACAUAAGUUUUGUAAAAUAAGGUGUUUAUGGUGACUGAAAAAAUGUUAACUUUUGUAUAUUGUAUGUUGUUCAUAAUAAAUAAAAAUGUACAAAUAAAUUUGACCAAAUA